UACUCACACACUACAUGUGUACAUAGCAGGCCCUUACGUGGCACGGCGUAACCAACCACAUAAAAGGUUAGGCCUUCAGCUAAAUGGUUCACAGAGGUCAAAGGACACAUCGGUUGGCAAGGAGAAUUUCCAUACGAGUUAGGUGGACAUGGCCAUGUUCUCGUGAGGACGUUGUUGAUGAUAGAACUGUUCAGCUACCUUCUCUGAUGUCCGUGACGAAAGAACAGAGACCGUAACGUAGGAACAACAAAGACCGACAAUGAUGUCCCUUCUGUCCAGAGUUCUCCUGAUCCUCUUUAUGGGAGGGUACAUCGUGUACGGGAAUGUGCACAGCGCAACAGAAGCCGUCCGUCUACACCCGUCCACGGUGGAAAACGUGACCGUGCCGCACGGAAGUGACGUCACCGUGACCUUCAGCAUCCCCAACAUCACGGACAUGGCCUACAUCCGGGUCUUCACGCCCAAUCCAAGAUGGCGGAACCACUCCCUGUACCUGCUGUCGGACGGACACCCCCACAACUUCACCACGGCCUGUCAUUGGCUACAGGAGACCCUCCACUGUAACCUGACCGUGAUUGACGUGCAGACGGAGGAUGAGGGGGAGUACAGGAUUGAGAAUGACAUCUGUCACGAGCAUCCACUGACCAAUCACGCAUGCACGCCAUCAGAAGUGCGGAAGUUCAGAAUAAGUGCAUUUAUCUCAUCACCUGUUCUUCAGACUACACAAAGUGCGCAAAGUGAAUUCAACAUCACCCUUUUUUCAGUUGAGGACCACACCGGGACUUAUAUUGGGGACGAUGACACACAAGACCUUGGUGCCGCAGCAGGUAUCAUCGGGGGGACGUGCGGCUUCCUGGCGGCACUGUGGCUGGCUGCGCUGUGUUCUGUCAGAGGGUCGCUGGACAGAAAGGAGGUGGAGUACAAGAGCGUUGAGGACAUUGUGGAACUGGACGCCAUGCUUAAAAAAGAGCUUGAAGUGGAAGACAACGAAGAGGAAAGACAGAAGACAAGACCACCAAAGGCAAAGGCAAUGAAGGUGAAGCAAAACGGCAGGGUGGAGAGGUGGACGACGGUAUAAAACAACCCAUGACAACGACGGCGUAUAAUUUUCUCUACUACUACAUAGACCUCGACAUGUUGGCCACUAACGUAUUGUAAUAAUGAAAGGCUAGCACGUCGACAGAACGUAACGUAUUGCGCGUGUGUGAAACCCGUAGUGUAUUGUGCAUAGCACCUCGGCAGAACAAAAUUGUUUCUCUCACACAAUCAAACACACAUUGGCAGCGACGGACACAGAUCUGCCUUCCCUGAAUUACGUGAGUUUGUCGCAAUUAUAUUUUCUCACAACUAAUAUGCAAAAUAAACCAUGAUACUGACUGUAAAGAACGCAUUUUUAAAGGUCGUAUUCGCGUAUCGUAUUCCAAUUGCCAUAAAGUGUGAAAAAUGUCUGCUAUAACGUUGUUUUCAAAGUUUGAUACUAUUUGUGUGCAUUAGGCUAGCAAAAUCUAAUCUCACAGAACAGCGAUAUUAGUCCAUCUAGUUGCUUCGUCUAUAGCGUGUAGCAUUGCGUUUCUAAUACAAACUGCUUGUUAGAAAUAUACGUUAUUAGAGGUAAUUAUGCAAUGAUUUCUGUGAGAAGAACAAUUUCGGAACUUUUAUUGCACGACAAUUGUAACAGGUACAAUGUAUGGAAGCUUGUACAUAGUCAUAGAUUGAAAUUAAGCUAUUGUUGAUAU